AUGAACGGUGCCGGAUCGGGAGCCUCGAACCUCUGCAUAAAUGACACUCUCACUGACGACGAGCUUCGUUUGAUCCUGGCGAAGCUGGAGAGCGAGAAGGACAAGGAGAUCUUCGGGUUGAUGUGUAAGAGGUGGCUCCGAUUGCAGAGCACCGAAAGGAAGAAGCUUGCGGCACGUGCAGGUCCACACAUGCUUCGCAGAAUGGCUGAUAGGUUCACGUGCUUGCUCGAAUUGGAGCUUGCCCAGUCCGUUUCGCGGUCGUUCUAUCCCGGCGUCACCGAUUCCGACCUCGAUGUCAUCGCCAAUUUUUUCCAUGGAAUGUUUUUGUUUGGUUUAAUGUAUAGAGGAAUUUCAGAUGUUGGAAUGAAAGCCAUUGGCGAAGGUCUUUCCUUGUUGCAGUCAUUGGAUGUAUCCUACUGCAGAAAGCUGACUGACAAGGGACUAUCUGCUGUCGCUAAAAGCUGUAGCGACUUACGGGUAUUGCAUCUCGCCGGUUGCAGAUUUGUUAUGGAUGGUAUAUUGGAAGCUCUCUCCAAAAACUGUCAUAAUCUGAAAAAACUGGGAUUGCAAGGGUGCACAAAUAUUACUAACUAUGGAUUGAUAAGCCUUGCAAGUAGUUGUCAACAGAUCAAGUAUUUGGACAUCAACAAGUGGUUGUCAAAAGAGAGGAAAGAGGAGGUCGCCGACGUUGAUGGUGGCUGA